GCCUGUAUGUACAAGUUUAGGGCGAACUUCUCCAUUGUGCUAAACGGAAAGAAAACAGCUUUAAGCUGACGCCAUCAGAGAAGAGGAGCUGUUUUUACUGUGCUGGAUUUCACAGAGUUACAGACGGCAAGCUGACCCGUUCAACAUAGAAAAUGGGCGUUUUUAUAUAGGCUGGCUCUGGCACCAUUGCCAAUUGGAUACAGAAGCAACACCUGUUCUUAAACUAUACAUGGGCAGCCAGGAAUAACUGUUCACAAUGUUCCCAUUGUCCUCCCAGCUAUAGAAGAUGGCAAACAUUCCAGAAGUGUUGCUGGACACUCUUGAAAACUUGGUGCAAGACGACCUGAAAACAUUCCAGUGGCAUCUGAUUAGAGGUGUGAAAGGAUUCACCCCCAUCCAACGGGCUCUUCUGGAGAAGGCAGACAGACCUGACACUGUGGAUAAGAUGGUGCAGAGAUAUGGACUUGGAGCUGUAGAGAUCACACUGGCUAUCCUGAAGAAGAUAAACCAGAACCACCUGGCUGAGGAACUGAGGACCAAACUCGAAGACGGUGAAAAAAGAAGUGAAGAUGUAACUGGUCAGAGAAAGGCAGCCUCCUCCACAGCAGCCCAGACUGGAGACUCUUGUGCUCUUACUGCAGAAGAUCAACAGCACUGCACCCAGAUGAUGUCCAUCCUCAGACAGCGAUAUGAAAGUAUACUAAUUGGGAAUUCACAGACAGGCCAUACGAAGUUCUUGGAGGAUAUCUACACUGAUCUCAUUAUGGUGCAGAAUGAAAGCGGAGGAGUCAUUUAUGAACAUGAAGUGAUGCAAAUGGAAAUGUCUUCCAACAGACCUGCUGGUGAGAAAAUGUGUGUCCAAUGCAGAGACCUUUUCAAGGUCCAGCCUGGUACCAAUAGACGGAACAGAAAAGUGUUGACAAUGGGAAUUGCUGGAGUGGGCAAAACUGUCUCAGUCAACAAAUUCAUACUUGACUGGGCGAAGGAAGAAGAGAACCAGGACAUACACUUCAUUUUUCCUCUUCCCUUCCGUGAACUGAAUCUAAAGAAACAUAAAGAGUUCAGUUUGAUUGAACUACUGAAUCACUGUUUUUUUUCUUCAAAAACUGAACUGAAGUCUCUUCCAGAGGAUGAUGGUAAAGUUUUGUUUAUCUUUGAUGGGCUGGAUGAGUGCCGCUUUCCUCUUUACUUUGAAGACGGAGAGGAAGUAAAAGAUAUCAAUGAGAAGACCUCAGUGGGAUCACUGAUCACAAAUCUUAUCAACAGAAAUCUGCUUCCUUUUGCUCUCAUCUGGAUAACUUGCCGACCAGCAGCAGCAUGUCUGAUUCCCAGGGACUACAUCAACCUGGUGACAGAAGUACAAGGAUUCACUGAUGAACAAAAGGAGGCAUACUUCAGCAAAUGCUAUAAUCAGGAUAUGGCAAUGAAAAUUGUUUCACACAUAAAGAAAUCAAGGACUCUCCACAUCAUGUGUCAAAUUCCAGUGUUCUGCUGGAUCUCUGCCACUGUGCUUCAGCCUCUGAUGGGUCAAGAUAGCAAUAAGGAAAUCCCCACAACCCUAACAGGAAUGUACAUAAGCUUCCUGCUGCAGCAGAAAAACUUAAUGAAAAAGAAAUACAGUAAGAAAACCAGAACUGUUGAUGCUGAGCACAUCAUUCUGAAGCUGGGUAAACUGGCCUUCUGUAAUCUUGAGAGUGGUACUCUGAUUUUCUAUGAAAAUGAUCUUAAGAAAUGUGGUAUUGAUUUCAGUGAUGGCACUGUGUUCUCAGGAGUGUGCACACAGAUUUUCAAUCAGCAGGAGGGAAUUUCUGAGAGGAACAUUUUCAGUUUUGUGCAUCUGAGUGUUCAGGAAAGCCUUGCAGCUUUAUAUGUGUAUCACUCACACUGCAACAAGAAAAGGAAUGCAUUUAAAGAGAAGACAUUCUGGAACAAGCUUAAAUGGAGCAAUAAGAGAAUAACAGAUCUCCAUAAGUGUGCCGUGGAAAGAGCUUUGCAGAGUGAAAAUGGACACCUGGACCUUUUUCUCCGUUUCCUGCUCGGCCUCUUACUGGUGGACAGUCACCAUGUCCUAACUGAACUUCUACCAAAUCUGAAGAUCAAAGUAGAGAGUGUUAGGGACACAGCCGACUAUAUCAAGAAGAAACUGCAUGAGGAAAUGUCAUCUGACAGAAGCAUAAAUCUCCUCCACUGUCUGAGUGAACUGAAAGACAAUUCCCUGACGACUGAAAUCGAGAAACACCUGAACUCAGAAAAUUUCUCAACACAAGAACUCUCAUCUCCACAGUGGUCAGCUCUGAUGUUUGUGUUGCUGAUAUCAGAGGAGACUCAAGAGAAGUUUGAGCUGAAGAAAUAUAGGCCAUCAAAGGAAGGACUGAACAGACUACUGCCAGUGGUGAAAAACACAAGACGAGCUCUAUUAGAUUCUUGUGAUCUUGGAGUAAAAACAUGUGAAGUUCUGGAAUCAGUUUUAAAACAGGAAAACUCUUCUCUGAAAGAACUUGACCUCAGUAACAAUAACCUGUAUGAUUCAGGAGUGGAGCUGCUCUGUGCUGGACUGAAGGGUUUUCACUGUAAACUGGAGAUACUCAGACUGGCUUUGUGUAAUCUUGGAAAAAAGACUUGUGAAAAUCUGAAAUCAGUUUUAAAACUGGAAAAAUGUUGCCUGAAAGAGCUGGAUAUCAGUAACAAUGACCUGCAAGAUUCAGGAGUGGAGGUCCUCUCUGCUGGACUGAAGAGUUCACAUUGUAAACUGGAGAUACUAAGAUUAUCUGGUUGUAUGAUCACAGAGAAAGGCUGUUCUUCUCUGGCUUCAGCACUAAGUUCAAACCCCUCAUACCUGAAAGAACUGGAUCUGACCUACAACCACCCAGGGGAGUCAGGAGUGAAGCUGCUCUCUGCUAGACUCGAUGAUCGACAUUGCUCACUCAACACACUCAGAGUGGAACAUGGAGGUGAGAUCAGAAUCAAACCAGGGGUGAAGAAAUAUUCCUGUGAGGUCACUCUGGAUCCAAAUACAGCACACAGACGUCUCUCGCUGUCUGACAGGAACAGAAAGGUGGCUAAUGUGGGAUCCUCACAGUCGUAUCCUGAUCAUCCAGAGAGAUUUGAUCAGUGGUAUCAGGUUCUGUGUAGAGAGAGUCUGACUGAACGCUGUUACUGGGAGGCUGAGUGGAGCGGGGGUGCAGCUCGCAUAGCCGUCACAUAUAAAACAAUCGGCAGGAAAGGACGCAGUGCUGACUGUGGGUUUGGACACAGUGAAAAGUCCUGGAGUCUGGAGUGCUCUGAUUACAAUUAUAUUGUCCGUCACAAUAAUAACAGCAAAGGUCUCUCUGCUCCUCCCUCCAAGAGAGUAGGAGUGUAUGUGGACUGUCCGGCCGGCACUCUGUCCUUCUACAGCGUCUUCUCUGAUGUACACAGACUUAUACACCUACACACAUUCAACACCACAUUCACUGAACCACUCUGUGCAGGGAGUUUGGGUUAAUUAUGGCUCCUCGGUGUGUUUGUGUGAGAUAGAAUAACCUUUUGUGUGUGUGUUUGUCCUUUAAACACACAAGUAGAGCUAAUGAACAUCACAAAAACACCCACACACACAUGGAACACAACAAAUAGAAAACUAAAUUCUUUCUGUCUUUCUCUUUGUUUCUUUUUCUCUAUGUCUUUCUCUCUCUCUCUCUGUCUCUCCUGCUCACCUUCCUCUUUCUCUCUCUCUGUCUCUCUCUCUCUCUCUCUUUCCUUCUCUGUCCUGCUCUCUUUGUCUUUAUCUCUUUCUGUCUGUCAACUCUCAUUUAUGGCUAGCAGGUUAGUGCAUGCCUACCAUGUUAUGGUGCAGCUGGCAGAUUCGCUCUUUCUGUGUCUCUCUCUUUCUUUCUCACACUCUCUUUCUCUGUAUCUCUUUCUGUCUCUCUCUCUCUCACCUUCCUCUCUCUGUCUCUCUUUGUAUUUGUCUCUCUGUCCCUCUCUCUCUCUUUAUCUCUCUUGUGUGGUUUUCUGUAUAAAAUUAUGAUUCCUUUUUCAUGAUAACAGAUUGUCACAUAACAGUUUAGGAGUGUGUUUAUGGGAAUUUCUGACCAUUCUUCCAGAAGCGCAUUUGUGAGGUCAGACACUGAUGUUGGACGAGAAGGCCUGGCUCACAGUCUCCGCUCU